AUGGCGAGGAGAUGCCGUUACGGAAACCGGAGCUACAGGAUUCCCCGAUUAAGCCUGAUCAAGACGACAACCUCCCAAAAGCACAGAGACUUCAUGGCAGAGCCCGUGGGGGAAAAGCCAGCCGGAAGCCUGGCCGGGAUUGGCGAAGUCCUGGGCAAGAAGCUGGAGGAAAGGGACUUUGACAAGGCCUAUGUGGUCCUUGGUCAGUUUCUGGUGCUAAAGAAAGAUGAAGAUCUUUUCCGGGAAUGGCCGAAGGACACGUGCGGCGCCAACGCCAAGCAGUCGCGGGAUUGCUUCGGUUGCCUUCGAGAGUGGUGCGACGUGUUCUUGUGAUGCUCUCUGGGGAGCCCCCGACCCCGAGCCCCAGCACUAAGUCUCCAGAGUUUGCAGCCAAGUGAGGACUCCUCCCCCGUCCUCUACAAAGGAAAAGAUUGCUGUUGUCAUGCGCAGCUCCCAUGUACUCCAGGGUCUUUGGGGAGUUCUCUUCCCUCACCUUUCAACGUUUUUGGAAUUCU